CUUGAAUAGUCAGUCAGCUAGUCACAGUAUGGCGGCUCGGGAGGCAGUGAAGUCUGCUGCUAGGCAAGUUAGGCCAAUAUUGUCUGUUGACAGAACAGAAGCACGGAAAAGAGUGUUGAAUUUAUAUAAAGCAUGGUACAGACAAAUACCUUACGUCGUUAUGGACUACGAUAUUCCGAAGUCUGUUGCGCAGUGCAGGGCUAAAUUAAGAGAGGAAUUUGAGAAAAAUAGACAUGUUACCGACAUCCGUGUGAUAGACAUGCUCGUCAUUAAGGGACAAAUGGAACUGAAAGAAACUGUACAGAUUUGGAAGCAGAAAGGCCAUGUGAUGGCUUACUUUAAAGAAACACAUGAACCAAAACCAACAGAUUUUCUUUCAAAAUUCUUUGCUGGCCACCAGUGAAAUGUUUGUAGUUUUGUAAAAAUAUUUGUAGAUGUGUAUAUAUAUAAAUUAAAUUUUACACAAGUCA